GGUGGCAGCUAAUCCUUCUAACGAUGAUUUUCCUUUUGCAGCGUUUCUUCUUGCUGGCCAUAGACUUGUUACUCGCGAUGACCCUUUCCUGCCUCUUUUAUGCCUUCGUAUGCAUUUCCAUCGCAUUUUUGACCUGCUUCAUUAUAAUCUUCUCCUUUGGCAUCAUGGAGAGGAAUAUUGAUGUGAAAGGAAGAGCGAUUGUAAUUCUCAUGUCCAACAGCUCCAUUGGGAGGAUGUUUGCAAGGAACCUGGAUAAAGCAGGUUUCAGGGUGGCUGCUGCACACUGGCCUCCUCGAGAGGAGAGGACAGCUACAGAAGAAGAGUGCUCUUCAAGCAUGGAGGUAGCCCAGCUCCACAUGACUGAAGAUGAGUAUCAGAAGACAAUGAAAACCUUCAUAGAAAGCCACUUAUCCCUGAAAGGCUCUGCAGAGGAAGACCAUUUUGGAAGUCAGAGCAUGCACCACGAAGCCUCGCCUUCUGCAGACACCCUUCAGAGAGGCGGUAGGGAACCUGACCAAUACUCGCUGCUAGCUGCAGCUAUUCAGGACCCCAUGGCACAGGUUCUCUCACAUCACUUUUCUCCUCAGAAGCAUCCAGCAGACCAGAAGUGCCUGUGGUCAGAUCCUGUGCGACUCUAUGGGGCCCAGGAUACAUCCCCCCAUUCACUAGCAGCCUGCAGGCUCCAGGAGCAGGUGCCCUGCACACCAACAGAGGGUUUCAGAGCAAACGCUCAGCUGCCUCCAUGAGCAUUUAGGCUAGUUUAUGCUAGUAAAAUUAUUCCGGUAAAACUUGCCCACGUGGAGAAGGCCUAAAAGCUCACAAAACAGAGUAUCAGCAUACUCCUGCUCUGGAAGUGAACAAUGGAGACUUUCUUAGCCAGUAAUGCUCUGUGGGAGCUGGUGAUUUCCGUGGGCCUGUCCUGUUUGAAUUAAACGAGGAUCUGGCCCAGUGAUACUGUCUUUUUUGCUUUUGCAUACUUUGCUCACUGUGCUAGUUAAGGGCUUUUGCAGGUUUGGGGUUUUUUUUGACAGGGUACUCUAUUGUAGAAUCCAUGAGGUUUUACAUUUACGAUCUUCUGCAUAGUAUUCACAUCACAGAUGGGGAUGUUAAGAUGUAUUUUCCAAGCGCUGACCCAAUUGCAUGGCAGAUCAAAGCACUGCGUCGGGGCGGGGGGGGAAGAAAAGAAACCUCACAGUUUUCUUGGAUUUCUUUGUUAACAGUUUCGAGUGAGUGCUGGUAUUUAUUCUGCAAGAUUUGUUGUAAUAUUUUUGGCAUGGGUUGGGUGAACACGAACACCUGCCAUCAGCUGACUGAUAAUAAAACAUUUUAAACCAAAUCACAAGACUACAGUGGU